CUACACCGUACAAGUGAGAGAGAGAUGGCAUCUAGAACGUCCCAGGCAGCCAUUCUCAACCAGCAGCAGCAGCAGCUGGGUUUGUUUGAGAAUCAAGAGGGAGAGGGUUGUAAUACACAGAUGGGUUUCUUUCAUUUCCCACCAAACUUGACCUUUUCGUCGUUGCCGUUUUUAGGUCACCAAUCUCUCAAAGGCGGCUUCAGUACGGCUAGCAUAGCUUCUGAUGAUGCACCUUCAACCACCACUCUCUCUGAAACCUUAGUCCCCCGGCCAUCACUUACUCCUUCCCCUCUAAGGCAUAAACAAGAUCAUAACAUCACUACUACUAGUUCUGAAUUUGGCGGUGGAGGAGGAGGAGCCCAUGCCCAUCUCCUUUCUUUGCAAAGAUCCACCGCAAAUCUCUGGGCAUGGGGAGACGUGAGUGAUGAUCGUGAUGAGUAUUGCCUGAACAGCAAGAGAUCAAGCGGCGGAGACGACCAACAUCAUCCUUAUUUAGGAGGGGUUUCAGCAAUGAAGAUGAAGAAGAUGAAGGCAAUUAGGAGGAAGGUGAGGGAGCCUAGGUUUUGCUUCAAAACCCUGAGCGAUGUGGAUGUGCUUGAUGAUGGUUACAAGUGGAGAAAGUACGGACAGAAAGUGGUAAAGAACACACAGCAUCCAAGGAGUUAUUAUCGUUGUACGAUGGAUAACUGCCGCGUAAAGAAACGAGUAGAGCGAUUAGCCGAGGACCCGAGAAUGGUGAUCACAACAUAUGAAGGGAGACACGUGCAUUCUCCAUCUCAUGAUCUUGAGGAUCAAGAUUCACGAUCUCCGUCUCACCUAAACAACUUCUUCUGGUAGUAUAUUAACUCGUAAUAGGCUCAUGAGCUCUCGUUUUUGCUUUUGUUUUCAGUUCUGGUUUUUGUUUUGUUUUGUUUUGGUAUUUUUAUAUUGUUUUGGGGUUAUGGAUUCCAAACGAUCGCCCUUGUGUUAUCCCUAACUUGCUACACUCUGGUUGUGUAUGCAUGUGUACUUAG